AUGUCGUCCGGACCGGUCGAGGUGUACAACGGCACGGUUGGCCAUGCCAGCAAUGGCGGUGACUCACUGACGUCUGACCUCAAUGUCUACUACUCCAGCGGCGAUUUCGCCUGGAUCAUGACAUCCGCGGCUCUCGUCUUGCUGAUGAUUCCGGGUGUGGGCUUCUUCUAUUCCGGCCUUGCCCGCCGCAAGUCGGCGCUGUCACUCAUCUGGCUCUCCAUGAUGAGUAUAGCCGUCGUCACUUUCCAAUGGUUCUUCUGGGGCUAUUCCCUGACCUUCUCCCACACCGGCGAUGCCUACAUCGGCGACCUGACCAACUUCGGCCUCAUGAAGACCCUUGCACAGCCCAGUGUGGGUGGCUCCAAGGUCCCCGACCUGCUUUUCUGCCUCUACCAGGGCAUGUUCGCCGCCAUCACUCCUGCUCUCGCCAUCGGUGCUGCUGCUGACCGCGGCCGCAUGCUUCCCUGCAUCGUCUUCAUCUUCGUCUGGUCCACCAUCGUCUACGAUCCCAUCGCCUACUGGACCUGGAACCCGCGUGGCUGGUCCUACAAGCUCGGUGGUCUCGACUUCGCCGGUGGCACGCCCGUGCACAUCUCCUCUGGCGCUGCUGCCCUGGCCUAUUCUCUGAUGCUCGGCAAGCGCACUGGCUACGACAAGGCCCACGGCCUGCCGUACCGUCCCCACAACGUCACCCACGUUGUUCUCGGAACCGUCUUCCUCUGGGUCGGCUGGUUCGGCUUCAACGGUGGCUCUGCGCUCGCCGCUAACCUGCGUGCCGUUAUGGCCUGCCUGGUUACCAACCUGGCUGCCUCUGUCGCUGGCAUCACUUGGUGCCUGCUCGACUACCGCCUGGAGAAGAAGUGGUCGACUGUCGGCUUCUGCUCGGGCGCUAUCGCCGGCCUGGUUGCUAUCACCCCGGCCUCUGGUUUCGUUCCGGCAUGGUCUGCUGUCAUCUACGGCAUCGUUGGCGCCAUCGUGUGCAACUUCGCCACCAAGCUCAAGUUUGUCCUGGGCAUUGACGAUGGACUCGAUAUCUUUGCUGAGCAUGCCGUUGGCGGUAUUGCUGGCAAUAUCCUGACGGCCUUCUUUGCUGCCGACUACAUUGCUCACCUCGACGGUGCCACCGUGAUUGACGGCGGCUGGCUCAACCACCACUGGGUUCAGCUCGGCUACCAGCUGGCCGACUGCGUUGCCGGCUUCUCCUACUCCUUUGUCCUGACCUGCGUCAUCCUGUUCCUGAUGAACCUCGUGCCCGGCCUCAGCCUGCGCGUGACGGCCGAGGAGGAGGAGCUUGGCCUCGACGAUGCGCAGCUUGGCGAGUUCGCCUACGACUACGUUGAGCUGGCCCGCACGCCGCCCGAGGCGCUGCACGGCGAGUUUGUGUCCAAUACGAGCAAUCCCGGCAGUGUCAAGGAGAGCAAGGGGGCAUCGCCUGUCUAG